AUGACACCCCCAUUGAUUGUGCUCCCUCGCCCAGGGACCGCACUCACCAACGCACCACCCCUCCCCGCCCCAUCCGAAGCCGCCUUCACCUCAACCUUUGGCACCCUUCUCCCCCGAGCAUCCUACCUGCACACUCCCCACGGCCGCGCCGCCUACUACACCCUCCCACCCUCAUCUCCACGCCCAUCCCACCCCAACAAGAGCAAGAUCUCCCGCGUCCUCUUCAUACACGGUGUCCAAACCCCCGCCAUCGGCCUGCACCCACUAGCCUCAGCAUUAGCAUCGCGCUUCCCACACGCGGAGUGCGUCCUCCUCGACCUCUGGGGCCACGGACUCUCCGAGACGCCAGUCCUCCCACACGAACCGAGCCUCUUCCACGCGCUGAUCGAGGCGCUGCUCACAGAGCUGGGGUGGUCCGACGCGCAUUUCGUGGGGUACUCAUUCGGCGGCUCGACGACGGCAAGCUUUGCGGCUGUGCGGCCGGAGCGCGUAGCGUCCAUGGUGCUUGUCGCGCCUGCGGGACUGGUUCGCGCUGCGCAGUUUGAUGCUGUGCACCAGAAGUACCUGGCUCUGCGCGAUGGGAGCGCAGAGGAAGAGGAGGCGGCGCGCACGUGGAUCCUACAGUGGCUGGAGGACGGCGAGCUGGUCGUCCCGGAUGAUUGGGAGGAGAGGGUGGCGCGCAGGGAGGUCGUGGCUGAGGCGGUGCGGGAGUGGCAGAUGCGCGAGCAUGCGGGCCAUCUGGCGAGUGUGGUGGGGAUUGUGAGGGAUGGGGGUGUGUUCGAUGCGCAUGGCGGGUUUGUGGAGGCGGUCAGGAUGGGGGUUCCGUGUUUGUGUGUGCUGGGGGAGAGGGAUGGGUUGUGUGGUGUGCGGGAUUUGGAGGAUGUUGGGAUGCGGGAUGUUGUGGUUGUGAAGGGGGUGGGACAUGGGGUUAGGAGUGAGGAUGUAUGUACUUCGAUAUAG